AUGGCCAAUCAAUUUGAGCUCUUCACGUCGCUCCGUUUCGACCCCGGAUUGCUGGGCAUCCCAAAGAGGCGUUUGGCUAAUGCGGGGUGGAACGCCAAGAUGACCUCCCCGUACUACAUGCUCGACCUCCACCGGGAUCGGAUGCUCAGAGCCGCGACACAUUGGAACUGGACUCCUGCCGUUGAGACUAUCGCCGGCGAGACCGGUCUGCAGAACCUCGCAGACGCCGUCGAGACCUUCUUGGCUCAGCAUGGCAAGGAAACCCCACUGAGAGUCAAGGUCUUGCUCACCUCGGACGGGAAGCUCAGCUGUGAAGCAUCACCAGUGCCCCCUGUGCCGUUGCAAAACCUCUUCCCCGAGAGACUCCCACCGCCUGGAAGCUCCAAGGAGACCAGCGAUCCUUCUGAGGAACCUCUUAUGGAGGUUGUCGUAGAUAACACCGAGACAUCGCAAUCCGAGUACACCCACUUCAAGACUACCAAGAGGGCCAUGUACGACACUGCUCGGGAUCGUGCGAGGAUUGCGCCGACAGACCGAAAGGAAGUCCUGCUGGUCAACUCCAGAGAUGGCACGAUCAUGGAGGGUAGCUUGACCACUCCCUGGUUUUGGAGGAAUGCGGGAGCGGUGGUCAAGAUGGAACCACUCGCAGAUGGGCUCUUGAAAGGUGAAUAUCCUGACGUAUCACGUCAUUUGGGCCUGCCUGCUGACUGCGUUCUCAGGAACCUGGCUGCUGAAGAAGAGGUCAAGGCCGGCAGUCUUGUCGACGGUGAGCCUUGCUGGAUCAGCAAUGGUGUUCGCGGCUUCACUUUUGGCAAGGUACGGCUCAGUGCCGCAUAA